AUGGAAACCGUUGAGGGAAGAAUGGCUACUAGCUGCACAGUCUGUUCAAUUGGAAGAGAACCAAAGAAUACACAAAUUUGUUUUCCGUAAAGAUGUCAAAGCCGCACUAGUUGGACGAUUGCUGCUGCGCAAAGUCAUUGCUGAGAAGCUCGAUAUUCCAUGGCAAAAAGUGAAACUGGUGAGAACCGAAAAGGGGAAACCAAUUCUGGAGGAUACCGAGGACCAUCGCAUUAGUUUCAAUAUUGCUCACCAGGGUGACUAUACUGUGCUGGCAUCAGAAAUGGGGCCGUCAACAGUUGCAUUGGCAUUGAUGUCAUGAAGGCAGAAAGACCAAAUCAUGAUGGAAUCAAGGGUCUAAAGGAUUUCUUUAGGCUAAUGCGAUUAUGCGACGGCAGUACACUGAUCACGAGUGGGUGACAAUCUUGAAGAAUCCUGAUGAGCAGGAACAGUUGUGUGCAUUUUACCGAUUAUGGUGCCUAAAGGAGAGCUACAUAAAAGCUGUUGGUAUAGGAAUCGGCUUUGAACUGAAGAGGAUGGAAUUUCACAUCUACAGUCCAGAGGUCCCAAUAGGUCAAGUUAUCUCGGAUACUAGGCUGUAUGUGGAUGGCAUGAUACAGAACCGAUGGCAAUUCCAGGAAACACGACUUGAUGAUUUACAUUAUGUUGCCGUAGCAGUUGAACAUUCAUCUAUGCGGACAGAAGAUAUGACAGAAUUCACGAUGCCCAAUUUCAAACACCUUGGCUUCUCACACUUGGUUGACACUGCAGAAUCGCUGCUUGAGUCGAUCAGACGAUAGCAACUGGGAAAACUUCACUAAUAAACCAGAAAAUCCAAGCGAUUGGAAAAGGUCAAUAGCAGGAAGUCUAGACAUAUAAGCCCAUUAAUGCAUUUGGUAGAUAUAUCAUCAGAUGAUCGAUUUACUUGUGUUGCAAUGGAGGUGGAGAAAUUUGUGAAUUCAAUUUCAUUCUCAUCACAAUUAACCCAACAUAUACACUACUGUAAAGUACUAAGCAGUUAUUGUUCUGGUAUGAAGGCGACUGUAAGUAUGAUAACCACCUUUUGUGUUGGGAAAAUAGUUAAAUUUCUUUAUUAUGUGGUGUCUGAUGGCUUAAUUGUCAACCUUGUUUCACUUCAUAGAGAUGACUUAUUGAAAAGCAAACCAUAUAUGUAUGAUUUGGUUAAAGAAAUGUGCUUGUUCGUAUUUAUGCAUUGUAAAUAUUUGAAAAUUAAUUUGAAAAUGUAUAUAUUCUUGAUAAUGUGUGUAAUAAUAAUGUAACGGUGAUACGUGCAUGCAGUACGUGUUCUUCGAUUGAUUAUUUGUGAAGUAUUA